AUGGUUGUUAUUGUUCAUUGCCAUAUGUACUUAAAAGAAGACCCAGAGUUACUUGCUGAAGUAACAACAAUGGUUAAUGCUAGUAGAAAAGAUCCUGGUUGUAUUUCAUAUUCAUUUGUAAAUGAAGUAACUAAUACAACUCAUUAUAUUAUGAUUGAAGAAUGGGAAUCACAAGAAAAAUUAGACGCACAUAUGAAAACAACUCAUUUUGCUCAAUUUAUUAAUUUUAUAAACAAAAUUUCAACUAAAGAAUCUAACAUUGAAGUGUUAACUGCAACUAAAGCUUAA